AAAUGUUUUGUCUAUUUGCAGUUUUGUCGUCAACAAUAUUACAUUUACCAGCAAAAUGAAAUCGCUUAUAAUAAUUUCAGCUUUGGUUUUGUUAAUUUUACCGGUUCAAACCCAAAGCUUAGAAGAAAGGUUUGAAAAGUUAGAGGAUGUGGUAGACAACCUAGUCAGCGAAAUGGAAAAGUUGAAAUCCGAUCACCAAAUACAUAAACGAGCCACGUCCGGGAGUGCCGUAGCAUUUUCUGCUCAUGUCAACUAUGACGACAGUUUGACCAGGGGACAGGUCAUUGUUUUUGACACUGUGCAAACUAAUAUUGGGAACGCCUACGAUAACGUCCAAGGCAAAUUCACGUGUCCCGUUGACGGAGUGUAUUUCUUCACUGUUACCUUCCUGUCGCAUGUCAACCAUCUUCUCGAAGCUUUUAUCAAGCACGCGGGAACCAGUGUUGCUGGGAUAUAUACCAUCGGUGCCGGCUCCGGAAUCGACGAUCAGAGUACUAAUUCUGUCGUUGUUCAUUGCACCAAGGGUCAACAGGUCUGGGUGGAGAGCGAGAAUAAUUACUUGAUUAAUGGAGAGCGUGUCGGGUUUACUUUAUUCAGCGGAUUUCUCAUAUCUGCUGAUAUAGAAAAUGAAGUCGUUGGUUAAAACACCAACCUUUACAAGACACUUGGUAGAAUACUCACUAGUCGCUUUCAAAUAUAGGAAAUGAAACUAAUAUUUGCUGCUUCGUAGACUGAAUGUAAUUUCAUUUGCAUCUAGUCUGUUGAAUACUUCAUACAUUAGAAUUUAAACAAAUCAGUAAUACAAGUAACUGUCUUAAAUUUUGUAUCUAUAUAUAUGACUUAAUUACAUCUUUAUAUUGAAUAUAUUGAUUUACAAAGGCAACUACGUAUACUGCCAGUGUUUAUGACCGCUUAAAGAAUAAAAAACAUUUUUCUUGA